AUGCCGCUCAUAUACGCCCUCAUCGCGAAGGACAACGUGGUGCUCUGCGAGCACGCAGACAGCGAAGGAAACUUCCCCACAGUCACGCGGCUGCUGCUGUGUCGGCUGCCCACCAACAAGCAGCGCAUGUCUUACAUUUAUGAUAGGUUUGUGUUUCACUAUAUUGUGCGCGAUGGAAUCACCUUCCUCACCAUGGCCGACGACAGCGCCGGCUUUGCGCUGCCCUUCGCCUUCUUGGAGGCAGUCAAGCAGCAGUUCCUGCCACAGCACCGCGAAGCAGCAGAAACGGGUAUAGCAUUAUCUCUGCAGGGCACUUUCGAGUCCACUCUGAAGACAUUAUUCGACUCGUUCAACAGCCACCAAAGCCUGGGCGACUUCCGGCAGAUUAGGACGCAGAUUGAUGGCAUUCAUUCUGUGAUGAUUGACAGCAUAGACAAAAUCCUGCAGCGGGGAGAGCGGAUUGACUUGCUGGUGGAUCAGUCUGAGCAGCUCAACCAAGAGGCCGUCACCUUCAGGCGCCAGGCGCGGCGGCUGAAGAACGCGCUGUGGUGGCGCAACGCGCGGAUCAUUGGAAUGAUUUUGGGGAUUUUGUCUGUAGUCACGUUGCGCUGCAGCAGCGGGUGCGGGAGAUCGCCGCACGGCCGUGCAGCAGCGGCAGCAGCAGCAGCGGCGGCAGCAGCAGCAGCAGCAGCGGAUUGCUGGUCGCAUUACUUCCCAGGGAAGCUGCAGACCCAGCAGCAGCAGCAGCAGCAGCAGCGUAAGCUGCAGCGAAUUCUGAAGCAGGACUUCAGGCUGCAGUUUCGCCAGCAUAACUACGGCCAAGGGAAAUUGCUGCGGGGCUGUGGGGUCGCUGCAGUGGCAGCGGCGGCAGCAAACGCAGCGGCAGCAAACGCAGCGGCAGUAAACGCAGCGGCAGCAGCAGCAGCAGCACCUGCAGCAGCAGCAGCAGCUGCAGCGCAUAAAGGCCUGCUGCCAGACACAGCAGCAUCUACAGUUGUUAAUGGCUUUGCUGCAGCCUCUCUCGAGGCCCCAAAGGGCACUUGUGUUUAUUUCUGUUUUCUUUCUGCAACUUUUGCUUCAAACUUCCACUCUGAGUCACUUGUGCUGCAGCGUUUUGCUGCAGCAUUUUGCUGCAGCAUUUUGCUGCAGCUCUGUGCUGCAGCGAAGGCAAAUGCUUAA